AUGGGAAAUUGGAAUAGCCACCCAGAGCAAAACAUCGACAGAGAGCCCCCACCAACUCAAUUUCAAGAUCUCGAUGAGGCGAGCGAGUACCACGCUGACAUCAUCGCUUUCAACGACUACGGCUGGAUCUACAUUAUUGGCGUCGUUCUUAUCAUCUUCCUUGUCCUCGGCUGCUGCAUUUGUCUCUGUCGGCUAGGCGAAGAUAAGGCCGUACCAGCUGCUUCCAAAGGCUACCAGCCUGUUGCGGAGCAAGAGCCAGUCGUCCGAGCAAAUACAAUGUAUGCGGCUCUUCCUGAACAGAUGCCCGCUGGAUUCGCCAGCCAAGGACAGAAGCAACCCUCCAUGAUGUAUCCAGUCGUCAGCCCCUCUCCUUCGAUGAAACAGGGUCAGCCCUACGUCCCGCACUACCCGCCACACAUGACCAUGCAGUACAGCCAGCAGAUGCCCCCACAGUACGGCUACCCACAGCCAAUGUACAGCCAGCCCUCACGCGACUCCGUCUACAAGCCAGUGCCCAAAGCCGCGGACAGAACCGGCGACGCACGAAAGAGCCCUUCGCCCGAACAGAAAUCAGUCUUGCUUAGAAAACCAGACUUGUCAAAUGUCGAGGAAAUGUCGGAAAUUGGGACAGCUAGGUCUGUAAACAAGCGCUUUGUUUUUAAUGAGGAUGUUUUUGAAGAAAACUUCAUCGUGGAAGAAAGUCUCGCUGAGAAUAAUCAUCUACUUGAGGACGACAGACACAUCAUGCGACAGAAUACGAAUGACACGGUACAACAAGUGCCUGUAAAACAAGAGGAGAAAAUUGUGGCUACAUCAAGCCCGCGUGUGUCCAUUAGCUCAUCUUCUGUAUCUCUAUGCUCAGAAAAAAGUGGAACAUCUGAAAAACAAGAGCAUCAAUCAUCAGUUCGAUCAGAAAAUGAAGAAGCAUUUGAAGUCGUGGAGAAAUCGGAAAUCGUGGAUGAAGCUCUUCUUGACGAGUCUUUGAAGUCGGAUUCCCAAGAAAAAGCUGCUGAAAAUCCUGAAAAGGCUGAAACCGUCUCUGAGCCGAUGCCACCUUUUACAAUUAGCGACUUUGAAAAACACGUUCGAGGCAUUCAAGAAACCGACGGAGCAAUGACCGAACCGAUUACUCCAGGAAGUUCGUUAACAAACGUCACUGAUGCCAGCACGGAGAAGAAUAUUUCAACGUCGCAGGCGUCCCUGGAUUCGGAGAGUACUUUAAAAUCCGAGGACUUACAGGUUCGUCGGCAAGAAACGCUUGAAGCCUUCAAUGAAGCUGAAAAAUCCAUCCACGAAGCGAAUGAAAUCGCUUUGCAAGUCUUGCAAACUGAUACAGAAGAUUCACUGGACUUUCAGGAGAUUGAUUCUGACUUAGCAACGACUCUGAGUCUUACAUCGACAACAACAAAUCAAGUUACUAUUACUAAAGGAGAAAAUCAACAAUGUGUAGCCGAUGGUGUCAUCAAAGAGUCAGAUGGAGAAGCACCUGCAGAAGCCUCGAUUGAUAUCAAUGACGCAGGUGUUGAUACACUUGUGAAAGCAAAAAAAUCAUCCUCGCCAGUUCCUGAAAAUGAGCCUUCUGAAACUCAGUGA